ACAUCCGGGAACGCCAGCAGCCGGCUGAGGGCUGCAUAAUUGGUGGAGGGCCGGGCGCGGUGAGAGCGUCUCGGGGGAGUAGGGCAAGGCGGCCGGGCCCCUCCCAUUCCGCCUUUUCUUCAGCGUCCUGCCGCCGGCACUGACUGCGGGCGCCGGGCCACCGGCGAGUGUGCGCAGGGACUCCGGACACCCGCGGCAGCGAGCUGAGAGAGCAGUCUCCACGAGGACCGAGGCGGACCCUCCGGCGCCAUGCGCGCCCUCCCCGGCCUGCUGGCAGCCAGGGCGCCUACGCCCCGAUUGCUCCUCCUCCUCCAGUGCCUUCUCGCCACCGCGCGCCCAAGCUCGGCGGACGGCAGUGCCCCAGAUUUGCCUUUUACAAGUCUACCUCUCGGAGAAGAAAUGAUGGCAAAUAACUUUUCCUGGGAGAGUCAUAACAUAUCACUGACUGAACAUUCUAGUAUGCCAGUAGAAAAAAAUAUCACUUUAGAAAGGCCUUCUAAUGUAAAUCUCACAUGCCAGUUCACGACAUCUGGGGAUUUGAAUGCAGUAAAUGUGACUUGGAAAAAAGACAGUGAACAACUUGAGAAUAAUUAUCUUGUCAGUGCAACAGGAAGCACCUUGUAUACCCAAUACAGGUUCACCAUCAUUAAUAGCAAACAAAUGGGAAGUUAUUCUUGUUUCUUUCGAGAGGAAAAGGAACAAAGGGGAACAUUUAAUUUCAAAGUUCCUGAACUUCAUGGGAAAAACAAGCCAUUGAUCUCUUACGUAGGGGAUUCUACUGUCUUGACAUGUAAAUGUCAAAAUUGUUUUCCUUUAAAUUGGACCUGGUACAGUACUAAUGGGAGUAUAAAGGUUCCUGUUGGUGUUCAAAUGAAUAAAUAUGUGAUCAAUGGAACAUAUGCUAAUGAAACAAAGCUGAAGAUAACACAACUUUUGGAGGAAGAUGGGGGAUCUUACUGGUGCCAUGCACUAUUCCAAGUAGGCGAGAGUGAAGAACACAUUGAGCUUGUGGUGCUGAGCUAUUUGGUGCCCCUCAAACCAUUUCUUGCAAUAGUAACUGAGGUGGUUCUUUUAGUGGCCGCCAUUCUGCUUUGUGAAAAGUACACACAAAAGAAAAAGAAGCACUCAGAUGAGGGGAAAGAAUUUGAGCAGACUGAACAGCUGAAAUCAGAUGAUAGCAAUGGUAUAGAAAAUAAUGUCCCCAGGCAUAGAAAAAAUGAAUCUCUGGGCCAGUGAAUGCAAAACCUCAUGUCGAGAAUCAUUGGAAGAUAUACAGAGUUCGUAUUUCAGCUUUCUUUAUCCUUCCUGUUAAGAACCUCUGAGUUUUUAGUUUUAAAAGGAUGAAAAGCUUAUGCAGCAUGCUCAGCAGGAGAGGAGCUUCAUCAAUAAUACAUGCUAUCUCAGAUCUAAGGGUAUAUUUUCAUUCUGUAAUUAUGUUACAUAAAAGCAAUGUAAAUCAGAAUAAAUAUGGUAGACCAGAAUAAAAUUAAUUAUAUUCUGGUCUUCAGAGUACACACGGAACAGAUAUCGGCGGAAUCACUUAAUACUUCAUAGAAUAAAAAUCACUCAAAACCUGUUUAUAACCAAAGAAUUCAUGAAAAAGAAAGCCUUUGCCAUUUGUCUUAGAAAGUUAUUUUUUUACAAAAUCAUGCUUAUUAUUAGUAUCUAUGGAAGUAUAUGUAACAGUUUUUAUAUAAAGGUCAUCUUUCUGCGAUAGUGAAAAAAUAUGUCUUUACUAAGUUGAAUACUUUCUGCCUUUGCUAAUAAUAGUUAUUCUACAAUCUCCACAAGAAAAACAUAGCUUUUAUCCAGAAAUAUUGGCUUAAGGCAAAUAAAUAAAACUGUGCUUACUCUAAAGCUCUGUCACUACAAAAGCAAAUUUUCCAGUCUUUAUUCCACUCAUAACCACUACUCUCCCCCACCAGGCUAAAGUGCUUAUUAGUCUUUAAUUAGGGUUUCGAACUUCAUAAGGUACACCAUUGUUUAUGUUUUAGAGUACAGGUCCAUAUAGUUGUAAUACCUAAAACACUCCUACACUGAUGCUUUUGUGGCUCAUGGUUUCCUGGUGUCUUUGAUUUAACACCUGGCUUCCUGGUAUCUAUGGCUGGUUAGAUAUCUAAACUUGUAUUAUUAGUGCUUUACAAUAAUAAUUUCCUCGACUGAAGUCCAGAAAUACUAAAGUACUUCUUUUUUAUUGCUGUGAAUGCCUUAGACUUAUCUUCAAAAAUAGGAUGCGUUGUUUCUAUUGCGUAUAUAACUGAAAUAUUUUACAAACUCACUGUAAUCAAAUCUUAUAAAAUCUGAAUCGACAUGAAAAGUCAGUGCUUGAAUGAAAUACUAAAAUCAUGCCACAGGAUGCUAGAUAAGGUAAAUGACCAUGAUGUGUCCUUGGAACUGGUGGGUGCAGUGUUGCAUUGCUCGCAGGGCAACAACUUUAAGAACAGAAGAGUGGUGGUGUGGAACCCAAGAUUCUUGGUGACUAGGGGAUUUAAAGGUUGGGGAGGAGUAAUUCAAUGAUUUGAAAAGAAAUACUUUAUAAAAAUUUACUCCAUAUAUUGGCUAAGAAAAAUGUAAUAAAAUUUUGGUAGUGAAAAUUACAUCACUAAUGUUUACCAUUAUUACUAGUAUGAAUAAUACACAUAAGGUAGUGACUUGGAAGCUG